AUGGAAGCAAGAUGCCAGCUGAGCUGCGAUAGCAAGGAGCCUGCAGUGGAUGCCACAUUCUACCGCAGCAUCAUCGACAGUCUCAGGUAUCUCGUGCACACCCGACCGGACAUCGCAUUCGCCGUCGGAUACUUGAGCAGGUUCAUGGAGACCCCUGCAAGUGAUCAUCUCGUAGCAGUGAAACAUCUGCUCUAUUACAUCGCGGGGACUCUGAGCCACGGCUGUGUGUAUCGCCGUGGUGGUGGCGAGGAUCUGACAGGCUUAAGUGACUCGGAUCAUGCUGGUGACAAGGACACGAGGAAGAGCACUUCUGGCGUGCUCUUCUUCCUCGGCAGCAGCCCCAUCAGUUGGCAAUCCCUGAAGCAAAAGGUGGUUGCCACCUCCUCAUGCGAGGCUGAGUAUAUUGCAGCAGCCACGGCGGCAUGCCAGGGCAUCUGGCUGGCACGUCUGUUCGGCGAGCUUCUGAACCAGAAGGCGACGCCGUUCAUCCUCUACAUCGACAACAAGUCCACCAUCUCUCUCUGCAAGAACCCCAUAAUGCACGACCGCACCAAGCACAUCGAUCUCCGAUAUCACUUCAUACGUGAUAGAGUUGAGAAAGGGAUGGUGGUCGUGGAGUUCAUCGGAACCACGGAGCAGAAGGCGGACAUCCUGACAAAGUCGCUCGGCCGAGUUCGUCACCAGGAGCUUCAUGGCAAGAUCGGCAUUGUCGACAUCCUCUCGGUGCGCCAGGAUUGA